UACGGUGACCUCUGCACAAAACUCGUAUCCCGACACCGGCGGCGUAAGCGAGCUAGUUAGUUAUUCCGUUCAACACAGAGAUUCGACUAUUCAUCUGCUCAUUUCUCUCUGGCCAGCUAACCUAACUCUUCCCUAACUCGUCCUCAGUGAACCUAAAAAUCCAACUAUAUUCUUCAUAAAAUAGCUAGCAAACGUCAAAUUGAGAAUGUUUCGUGUACCAGCUGUAAUGAGGCCAUUGAUGGCCAGAGCGCUAACUCCAUCUUCAUCGUAUGCUGUACCUGCAAUGACCAGAUGUUAUGCCAAGGACAUCAAGUUUGGUGCUGAUGCUAGAUCUCAGAUGCUUGAAGGAGUGGAUCUCUUGGCAGAUGCUGUAGCAGUAACCUUAGGACCAAAGGGUCGCAAUGUGAUUAUUGAACAGAGUUGGGGAAGUCCAAAAAUAACUAAAGAUGGAGUGACUGUUGCAAAGUCAAUAGAGUUAAAAGAUAAACAAAAGAACCUGGGUGCCAAGUUGGUACAAGAUGUUGCCAACAAUGCCAAUGAAGAGGCUGGAGACGGAACAACCACAGCAACCAUCUUAGCAAGAGCCAUAGCAAGAGAAGGAUUUGAGAACAUCAGUAAAGGAGCUAAUCCAGUAGAGAUCCGUAAAGGAGUCAUGAUGGCUGUUGAAUGUGUGGUAGACGCUCUCAAAUCACUCUCCAAACCCGUCACUACACCUGAAGAAAUUGCACAGGUUGCUACCAUUUCAGCAAAUGGAGAUAAAGCCAUCGGAGAUUUGAUAUCUCAAGCUAUGAAACGUGUUGGUCGUGAUGGUGUUCUGACUGUAAAGGAUGGCAAGACUCUUCAUGAUGAAUUAGAGGUUAUUGAAGGACUGAAAUUUGACAGAGGUUACAUUUCUCCUUACUUCAUUACUACUGCUAAAGGUCAGAAGGUCCAAUAUGAAGAUGCACUUCUGUUACUGAGUGAGAAGAAGAUAUCCACUAUUCAGUCUAUUGUACCGUCAUUGGAGCUUGCUAAUGCACAGAGACGACCAUUGGUUAUUAUUGCUGAAGAUGUAGAUGGAGAGGCUUUGAGCACAUUAGUCCUCAACAGAUUGAAGGUUGGAUUGCAGGUAGUUGCAAUCAAGGCUCCGGGAUUUGGUGAUAAUAGAAAGAACCAGGUGCAUGAUAUGGCCAUUGCUACAGGUGGAAUGGUCUUUGGAGAUGAAUCUAUGGAUGUUAAGAUAGAAGAAGUACAAAUGCAAGACCUUGGACAGAUUGGGGAAAUCACUGUCACAAAAGAUGAUACUUUGAUUCUUAGAGGGAAGGGUGAUAGAGCUGCCAUAGACCGCCGUAUUAAUCAGAUCAGAGAUGAGAUUGAAGACACCACGUCCGAGUAUGAGAAGGAGAAAUUAAGUGAGCGUCUUGCCAAGCUAUCUGAUGGAGUAGCCGUCUUGAAGAUUGGUGGAUCUAGCGAUGUAGAGGUCAAUGAGAAGAAAGAUAGAGUUCAAGAUGCAAUGAACGCAACCAGAGCAGCAGUAGAAGAGGGUAUCGUUCCAGGCGGUGGAGUAGCAUUGCUUAGGUGUAUACCAGCAUUAGAUAGUAUUACAACAGAAAACAAGGACCAAGAAACUGGUAUUGCCAUUAUUCGCAAGGCUCUUCAGAUGCCAUGUUAUCAACUAGCGACCAACGCAGGAGUAGAAGGCUCAUUGGUAGUUGCUAAAUUAUUGACCUCCGAGUCUGAAACUGGUUAUGAUGCAAUGAAAGGGGAAUAUGUUGACAUGGUCAAAGCUGGUAUCAUGGACCCAACAAAGGUUGUGAGAACAGCACUUGUUGACGCUGCAGGAGUGGCAUCACUCUUAUCAACAGCUGAAGUUAUAGUUACUGAGUUACCUAAGGAUGACAAAGUACCAGAUAUGGGUGCAAUGGGAGGCAUGGGUGGCAUGGGUGGCAUGGGAGGCAUGGGUGGCAUGGGUGGAUUAUAAAUAUCAUAACUCACACAGAAAUGUGGCAUUUCAUAUUUAAUUAACCCAAUAUUUGACUUUGUAUGAAUCGGUACCAGUCUGCCCGUUGUUCAUGUAGAUUUGUUUAUAUGAGAGAACACAAACUGGAUUGAGUUUGUAGAUGCUUGAAUGGUUGGAUAUUGACCCCUUGCACACACGUCACACACCGCGACUGUGCCACGCUCACCAUUUUGGUUAGCAAAAGGUUUAUGUGUAAGCACUGCGUCGCCUAAAAUGCGCACUUCACUAAAUAAUGCAAAGUGUUAUUGCCCACCAAAAUGGCGCAUGCAAGAUUAUUCUGAUGAUGAUGUCCGGUAUUUGGGUCAAUUCAUGAAAUCAGUCCACCAAUCAGGUAUCCAGACUCUGUGUAGAUCAUAGGCAGGGUUAUUUCAAUGAAUACCUAGGCAAUGUAAAACUGUCUGCAUUGUAUUCAAUUACUUGAAGGGACCUUUACAUUCAGAAGUAGAGGUGUACGAUGUUCAGAUGACAUAAAAGGAGCCUCAGUAUCUCUAUAAUCUAAACCAUUUGUGUUUGUUUCAUCCUUCAAACCACAAAACCAGAAAGAACUAUUCCAUGUUCCAUUGAAAUCUUACAAACCUACAUGUAGUCUCUGAUUUUCUAGUUUCCUUCAACGGGGACCUUAGUUGUAAUUUUUUAAUUCCGAUUUAAUUAUUUUGCAUUUAGUAUCGAGUUUGUUUUAUAAAAACACACAAUUGUUUUUUCAAACUUACCGUUAAGUGUGGUAUUUGAGUAUGGAAGAUUGUACACUCGAGCUCCAUUUAAUUUGAUUUCUAAUAAUGUGACUGUUACAAACUUUGGGUAUAUUUUAUUACUGUUUUUAUAUAUGAUGAAAACUGCAACUAGUGAUAUAAGUUUCACAUUUGCAUAUUACAGUUAAUAUGUGUCAUAAUAUGCUGUGCAAAGGGCUGGUGAAA